AUGGCCGGAAGAGAAAUGACCAGCAACAGUCAUAUUUCUAGCACCGGGGCUAACAACAAUCUCCAAAACAUGAAUUAUUCUGAGAAUUUCGGAGAAGAGUCCCCAAUUCCAAAGCUCCAACCCAUUGAGAAAUCCGUGAAAGAAGUGUGUGCAGGGUCAAGUAGUAAGAUUACAAAAACGGUUGAGGCGUACUGCAAAUCAGGAUUAGAGCUCUGGGUUGAUUUAAAGACAGAUAGUCCACAACUUCAUUUAGAUCAUAUGGACCUACCUCAACUCACUGUGCCGGCACCCCCUCAAGGCUCAUCCCCACAAGCUGAUCACCUCUCAAAUUUUGGCUCACAGAUGCUUCUUGCAAGCAACAGUAUCCAAAGAGCCAGUGACCUACUCGUUUCAGUCUCACUAGGUGCUGAAAUGAACAGAAUCAAAACCACUGAGCUAGCUUCUCAAGCAAUGGAAGAGCUGAAAAAACUGGCUUUGGCUAGAGAGCCUCUUUGGCAAGUUGACAUAGAAAACAACACUGAAAUACUGAGUGAGAUCGAGUAUACGAGGGAAUUUGGGGAUAUCAGCACCACAUUGAUGGAGAUAGUGAGAAUGGUUGAGGUAAGAGAGUCUCCAUCUCUGCCAAACUUGGACCUUAACAAUUCUGAAUAUUCAGUAGGAAGUAAUGAACAUAAGCCAAGGGAACUUGGAGGACCAAAGCCUGCUAGUUUUGAAGCUUCACGAGAAAUUGGUUUUGUCCAAAUGAAUCCCGCAAGCAUUAUUGAACUGCUAAUGGAUUUGGGGCAGUGGUCACAAGCAUUUUCUACUAUCGUCUCUAGGGCAUCGAUCAUGGGAGUGUUGUCAUCCACUGGAGUACAAGGAAACUAUGAUGGAACUCUUCAAGUGAUGACAGCUGAAUUUCAGGCCCCUGCACCUUUAAUCCCAACUAGAGAAAGUUAUUUUGCAAGGUAUUGCAAAAAUCUGGGCGACGGCAUGUGGGGAGUUGUGGAUGUUUCCUUGGAAAAAUUGUUUCAACUUCCAUCAAGAAACUUUCGAAGACAACCAUCUGGUUGUUUGAUUCAAGAGAUGCCAAAUGGAUGGUCUCAGGUUAUAUGGGUAGAACAUGUGGAGGUAGAUAAUACACUUGUUCAUAAUCUUUUUAAGCCGUUGCUGGUGGAGGUAAAUAAUUCUACUCUUGCAGCUGAUGUUUCAUCACAAGGAAGAAGAAGCCUAUUGAAGCUUUCGGAGAGGAUGGUAAGAAGUUUUUACAUUGAUAAUAUCUGCGGUUCUGCUGAGAACAAGUGGAUGCCACUGCCAUUGGGCUGGCCAAUCUCUGGUGCUGAAAAUGUAAGGAUUUCAAUGAAGAGUAGCACAGAUGACCCUGGAAAGCCUCCAGGUAGCACAGUAGUGUUUACUACUUCCAUAAAUCUUCCUUUCCCUCGUAAACAAGUAUUCAGUUUCCUUCGCGACGAGAAAUGUCGAAAUGAGUGGGAUAUGCUUGCAUCAAACCAUGGCUUCGAUGAAUAUACAUAUUUUGCUAAUGGCAAAACUCCAGGAAAUCGUGUUUCCAUAUUGCGAGCCUUUAAGUCCAAUGAGGUUGAAAUAUUCUACUUGCAAGCAAGUUAUACUGACGCAACAGGCUCAUACGUUGUUUAUGCACCGAUCGAUAUGUAUGCCAUGACAGAGCUCAUAAAUGGUGGAAACCCAGAUAAUUUGGCUAUUUUGGCUUCAGGGUUUUCAAUCCUUCCUGAUAAGCCAAAGCACCGGGACGAUACUGGCGGAAGUCUCUUGACAAUUGCCUUCCACGUUGCUGCUGGAACUUCAACUCAAGAACAUGUGUCUGCUCAUCAACAUGCCAAUCUUAUGUACUGUGUUCUUGCAUCAACUGUUGUUUCAGUUGAGGAUGGAUUACAAUCUACCUAA